AAAAAAUUCCCACGGCCGACGUUAGCGGAUCUUUGUUUCAAUGUCAAAAGACACCAGUUACCCCUUCCCCUGAACCGAGCAAAAGAGCUAGUGCUCCCGGCUCAGACCGUCAUUGUCUGGUAUCUAGAUCACGAGUCGAGCCGAGACGGCAUCACCUCCCCUCUAGCCUCUGCUUCUCCCAUCUGUCACCCUCAGCAUCGAGCUCCACCAACGAACUGUGGAUGGUCCUUGGCCCCUUCCUCCCAUUCGAAGCAUGUAGCUCAUGCACCAGUUCUCCGUUUCUGCCAUAGUGUCCCCAGCUGCUGUCACCCGGUAGCUCGGGCGAUACCAGCAUCCAAGGUCCAGUAUACGGCGAGUUGAACAUGGUCCAUCGAUCUUUAUUCUCUCGCCUUUCCCGUUUCUCUACCUCCACAUCCGCUUCCGCCGAGUUCUUUCGACCUCUUUCGCUGGACGUGUCACGGCUAGUUGUGACGACACGGGUGAAGAUGCCCCUUUUCCCCUCUGUGCCCCCGGGCCACUUCCAACUCCUCGCCCACCUCGAUGGAGUCCAUGAGGUGAUUGACUCUCUCAGUUUAACAAAUGCCGACCUCGAAAGGCCUGUCUCUUGUGUUGACUUGGUUUCUAAAGUCGCAAACUUGGUAAGGGGAGCGCCUCUGUUCCUCGGGUCAUGGACUGCCCCAAACAAGCUCUUGUUUUUCAACCUUCGGCUUUGUUGCAUCUUCCGCUUUUGUUUUCGGCGCCACAUGAGGUAGGCUACCUCACAAGCUACAAGGAGGGCCACCGUGAGGAUUAGACCUAUCGUGAGAGCUGCUGCUUGGCCAGAGGACAUGUUUUCAGAGUUGGCUGUGCCGUCCUCGCCUGGUGGUAGCGGGAGGAAGGAUGUGGUCACUGUUGUGUUGUCGAUGCUUGUUGGGAUGUGCGUUGGUGCUAGGCUCCUUGUCGGGAGGGUUGUCUGUGUCGAGGUGACAGGAUUGCUUUCUGGCUCGGCUUGUACAGUCUGAGAAGAGUCCGUGAUAAAAAAAGCAGGACUGCAAAGUUCAGGGUCUGCAGAGACGUAUCCGCCCUCUUUGGUUUGCGGUUUGAAGCGGAGGACAUAACGAGUCUUGGUCGAUAAUGUUUGUGGGGGUAUGUUGGGUGUUUUCAAGUUGAUUGAUCCGUCAUGGCCGAGGUUGAUUGCCCCUUGCGCACACUAUCAGCACGGAGUGGCUGUGAGCAACAGAUCAAACUUACUGGCAAGGCACAAAGCCAUGGGGUUGACCUCGAAAUUCCAUGUUGUCAACCAAAGGUCAUACACACUAUUGUUGAGGGCAUUCCAAGAUAUGGGAAUGUUUUGUCCGUGCGUGGAUAUGAAAAAAUAGAAAUAGACGCGCUGCAAGUUGGCAAUCCCACGGGACUGCGAGCCGCGAGGCCUUUAUGUUGGUGAUAAUAUCCGCCAUUCCAGCCAAGCGUUGCCCGCACUCGAAUGCAGUUGCUCUCCCAACAUGGUGGUUCACCACGCGGUGUGCCCAACAAACCUCGAUCGGGCGGUGAUAACCAGGUUGAGUGAAAUGGCUGCAGGACCGCUUGGCCGCAUUGGGGUGCACCUGAGCGCGCCAACGAAUGGAGACGAUGGAAUACCCGCAGAAGCGCGACUUCAAACCAACAUGGCUAUGAAGAAGGAUAUCUCUCUCUCUUGGCCCUGCGGUUGUGACCUGGCCGCCAUUGGUGGCCUAGCCGUCGCUGGCGCUUAUACCAGACUGCCGGAGCUUCUUGAAAGCAAAUCUGCCUGGUCGCCAAUCUGCGACAAUAUCCAAGGCCAUCACGAAGCCGACACGUCGUCGCUGAAUACACAGCAGAGAGACGAAAACACGAGCUAG